GCCGAAAAUGACCCGUUUUGCAAUCUAAAACCCCUCACUCUCUUCCUAUUCAAUUCCAAAAACCCUAAAACAGUCCGACUGAGAGCAUCGAUUUCAAAGUUCAGAGAGCUCUGCUUCUGGAGAAAGCGCUUCUCCUCCGCUCUACAUUCCCUCAGGCAUUUCGAAAUAGAGUUACUUGGCAAGCAAGGAACAGCAAGGGAGCAAGGCUGGGAGCUCCAUUUUCUGUUGGAUUUCCUUUUCGGUUUGCUUCGAAAUCGUAUACAACAGGGCAGAAGGGGACUCUGAGAGGGGCUAGAUUUUCGGGAUCAGAAGGAGCAUCAGCGGUGAUGACUACUCCGAUUGUACGUGUGAGGGACACCAUUGAACCUGAUGAGACUGAAGAGAAGAUCUUUGAGAGGCUGCUUGGGACGCUUGACCAUUAUGGACUCAAGACUCAGCUUCGAGUCGCAGGUGGAUGGGUCCGUGAUAAGCUUCUUGGGCACAAGUGCAAGGACAUUGACAUUGCUUUGGAAAAUAUGAUGGGCAGCACAUUUGUGGAGAAGAUGAGAGACUACUUGUUGUCUGUGGGGGAAGAGGUUCAAGGAAUUGCAAUCAUUCCAAGCAAUCCCGAUCAAUCAAAACAUUUGGAAACGGCCAGGAUGCGCAUCUUUAAUGUAUGGGUUGAUUUUGUGAACUUACGCUGUGAAGAGUACAGUGAUGAUAGCCGCAUUCCUACUAUGCAAAAAUAUGGCACACCAGAACAGGAUGCACUGAGAAGGGAUCUAACAAUAAAUAGCUUAUUUUACAAUAUCAAUACCAAAUCCGUUGAAGAUUGGACCAAUAGAGGAAUUAAAGAUCUAAAAUGUGGGAAAAUUGUGACUCCUUUACCACCAAAAGAAACUUUUAUGGAGGAUCCUUUACGAGUUCUUCGAGCUAUCCGUUUUGGCGCAAGGUUCAGCUUCAUACUUGAUGAACAACUAAAGGAAGCUGCUGCUUGUGAUGAAGUGAAAGCUGCUCUAUCAGCUAAAAUUAGCAGAGAGAGAAUUGGAGUUGAAAUUGAUCUUAUGAUCUCUGGAAAGCAGCCGGUCCAAGCUAUGACCUAUAUAUGUGAGUUGAAGUUAUUUUGGGUUGUCUUCAGUCUUCAUCCACAAUGUGAGCCAUCAGAAGGUGACAGUGAUUGUGUCUCGUACUUGGAUUGUACAUGGAAUCUUAUUGAAUCUAUGGAGCGAUCUCUCUUCAAUGAUGAGCAAAGAAGGCUUUCCUUUUAUGCUGCAAUGUUCCUUCCACUUAGGAAGACCAUGUAUAAAGACAGGAAAGCAAAAGAUGUUCCUGUAGUGAAUUAUAUUUUCAGAGACUCCCUUAAGCAAAGAGUCAGCGAUGCUGAAACUGUUGUUAAUUUACACAAUGCAUUGGAGAAGUUUUUGUCUUUGCUUCCUCACCUUGUACCAAAUGGUGAUGUAGAACUCGCUGAAGUUUAUUUAGGAAGAGAAUAUGUUGACGUCCCUUUUACUUCAGAAGAUUCAAAAAUCAGGGUAUUAACAGGGUUUCUUUUACGAGAAAUUAAGGAUUUUUGGCGAGCUGCUUUGCUGAUGUCUACGCUGUUAUAUCCCACUAACAUUGUAAACAAGAACUUCAAGGCAGAAGUUUGCAUAACUUUGUUUGCAGAAGCUGAAAAGGCCAUAAAUAAUCUAGGUCUAGAUAGAGUGUGGGAUGUAAAGCCAUUACUUAAUGGAAAGGAGAUCAUGGACGUAUUGCAGCUUAAAUCUGGGGGACCAGUUGUCAGUAAAUGGCAACAGAAGCUACUUGCAUGGCAGCUUGCACAUCCUUCGGGGACUGCAGAGGAAUGCCGCGAGUGGCUGAAGGAAACACACUUUUCAAGUACUAGAUCAGCUGGAGAUACGGAGGAUUGAGCGGACCCAACACCAAGAGAAGUAAGACUGAUUGUAAAUAGUUAGACUCAAGAAUUUUUAUCAGCAUUUUGAUAUUUGAGGGAACGUUAAUUGACACUGAAAUGUACAAGGUCAAGUUUAAUGGUAGUAAUGCUAUAUUCAAGUGAUCUUAUCCGGCGG